CAUCGUAGGCUUCGCUGCCAAAAAAAUGCAUUCUAUCACAAGGCCCAUAUUAUUCCUCGUGAUCCCCAUCCGAACAUACACCGUGACCAUCCAGCACUUGUGAUCUCUUUUUACCGUUCAGCUAUAUAGAUGGAGGUGGAAGGAGCGGCAGCGUUCUCAAGGUUUUCUCAUCUGCUCUCUUCUGAAAUUCUCAAUGUCGCCCUUUUUCUUCUGGGCUUGGUGUUCAGCAGCGACGUGCUCGCGUCAUCAGCGCCCAACAUCGUCGACGUCGGCUAUGCGAGAUAUCUAGGAAACAAGUCGUAUCCCAACACAGUAGCCUACCUGGGCAUUCCCUAUGCCGAACCUCCUCUGGCCGAAUUACGAUGGCGCGCACCGCUACCUCUGAACACGACUCGCAUCUCCCAAGAAGCAAACGGACAGGUCAUCAACGCCACC